AUGCACACCCGAAUGCCGUCUGUCAACUCUCAGACCUUUGCGGUUCCUGAGGGCUCUGAAUCGGAAGACCACUCCGAGUCGGGGUCUUCUUACGCCGGAUCGUCGCUCAACGAAACGGCUCUUGAUGUGGUGGUUGAACAAUUCACAGCUCAGUUCAAUCCUGCCAGAUUGGACAGAAGUAUGGCUCAGCAGAGUCAACUGAGUGGACAGAUGAAUGCGAAACAGCGAGAAGUCGACGAAGCCAUCACCAAAGUGACUCAGCGGCUGGAGGAGAUGAAAAGAGUGGUUGCAGAUGGACAGAAGAAUGUCAAGCAGGUGAAUGCGCUUUUGGAGAAGUGCGCCAAAAAGACUGACAAGCUACAGGCAGAGACCAAGUCGCAGUUCCCGAUUGAAUACGCCCAAGCAGGGGAGAAGUACUCUGAUCACUGA